AUGAACAGGCUUCCUCAAGAAAUCAUCGACGACGUCGUCUGGUGGCUGCCGGUGCCUAAAUCAAUUCACCGUCGCAAUGGGCUGCCCGCGUCGCCAAUCCGACCCAGCAUCGCAAGUGUGUCGGAGAAGUUCCGGCACGCCGUCGAAAGGCUUACCUUCCACGAGCUUCACAUCAAGACUUCUGAGCUCAACAGGUUCGACGAGAUAUUGUCUGGCGCGGGAUCCUACCGCCGACGAUUCCUCACACGCCUCAAUGUCGUCGUCAUCCUUCCCGAGUACGGUGGCUCCAAGUACCCAACAUGGGAGUUCGCCGUCGACAGAGAAGCGAACAACCACGCUGCGACUGCAGGCAUGCAUCAACUCCUCUACGUCCUCUCCGGCUGGGAGUCGGACCUUCACCUUGAGUUGACUCUCGAGGCCCAAUCCCCUUCGGACCCAGGAGCUCUCACCAGCAGGCAAAUUGGGCAGCGUUGGGAGGAAAUCGGAAACGGAACACGUUACCGCUUCGAGCACGAAAGGUACCAGUACUCAUUGACUGAGAUUCUUAAUGUCGACAAGAUGCCCUUCGUUCCUUGUGUUCGCACAGUUCACUUCCACGGACAACGUCAAAGUCGCCAAUUCUCACCAAAAGCUGCUCUCGCACUGGUUACACGAUUCCUACAGGUGCAGACUGUUCGGACGGAGUGGCGUGAGCCAUAUUGGUUCCCCGAUCUGCUGAAGGCAAUGCGGCGCCAAUUGACAGACUCGCUCAAGUCAACUCAUUUCCCGCCAACUUUGGAUGAAUUGGUGUUCGAACUUCACCCGCCCAAUCGUAUCAGCGGCAAUCUUACUACAUCACCGAAUCCAAAGCCCGAUCGUCUCUGCAGAGUACUACACCAGGCCAUCAAUCUGAAUCAUGUUGCCCACCUCAGGUUCACCGGCGAAGUUGACCCGUCGUUGUUCUGGCCAUACCAGCCGUUGGAGAAGCCGGAACCCUUUUGGCAGUCAAUGAAGAAAUUGGAGAUCACGAUGGCGCAAAACUCGACGUCGACCGAGUGGUAUCAGAGAACCAACUACAACAAGUGGUCUCAAAAGACCAUCGCUCGCUACAGCAAUAUCGAGUUUCCUGUCAACCAUGCUGGGCUCCCUGCGCCUGGACACGGCUCUGCACGGGAGGCAAAACGUGCGCAUCGUUAUGUUGAAGCUAUGUUUCAGCACGAAAGAACAAUUUACGCCCUCACAUAUCGUACCUUGGUGCACGGAGGUUUUAGAGAUGAAAAUGAUGACAAUGGCAGUGAUGGAAACGACAACGAGAGCAGUGCUCAGGACGGUGGCAACAGCGACGAUGCUGACGAGAGCAAAUACGAAUACGAUGACGCCAGAGUGCACGAGAUGCUUGAAUCCUGCGAAGUCAACGAGCCUCCAAUGGCCCGUCUUUUGGAUACGAUGAUGAAAGCGAUGCUCCAGAUGCGUCGCCUUGAAUCUGUGAGGCUGAAAGGCUGUCUCUCUGAGAUGUGGUGCUUUGAGUUUUACGCCCCUGGUGUGCCUAGCAAGUACGAUGCAAAGUCUGAGGCAACACCCUCUUAUGCAAGAUUCAUUCUACCCAAACGUCACUUCUGGAUUCCAGGCGAAGAAAUUCUGAGCGGGUUCCGCAACAUGGCGACGGAGAAGUAUGGUCAGCAGCCAGCCGUUAUCUGGGUUGAGCACAUAUGGCGGAAUUAG